CGGAGUUCCCACAGACCGCAGUGCACAGCGAGGCGCCCUUCACGCACCGCCCCCUCCUCUUCCUCCAUCUCCCCACGUUUUUUGGGGGGGGAAUUAAAAAAUCAUAAAGCGCGCUACUUGUGAAGUGGCCCAGGCGGUGAGGAAAUUGGCGCCGGGAGCUUUGGGGAGGAACGCUCAAGAAGUCCACCGAAGUCGAGUGAAGACCGAGACAGAACCGAGUUAAACGACGCCGCCGCCGGACAACAAGGACGAGCGAGUGAACUGAGAGAAGAAGAAGGAGGAGGAGGAAGGCUUGGACGAGAAAACAAGAAACUCAGAGCGACUCGGCACGUGUGCGGCGGUGCCGGUGGUGGUGGUGACAAUACUGGGGGUGGUGGUGGUGGUGUGGGUGGCCCCGUCCAUCAUUUACCAAAAACCCAAGUGAGAGAGGGCCACCAAAAGCCAUCUCCUCGUUCGCUUCCGACCGUGGGUGAGGUGAGCGAGAGGGCCCACGCACACGUGUGUGGUGGGGUGGCCGUGGCGACCAUGAGCCAAGCUGAGAUGCCCUCCUGCUCCUCAUCCUCCUCGUACCAGCGCAUCUUCCAGGAGGCGGUGAGUCGAGGUGACACCAGCAAACUCCAGGCCCUCCUGCAAGACGCCACGGCCGGUGCCGGCGAACAGUUCAACGUGAACUCGUUUUUCGGCCCCGAGGGUCAGACGGCUCUUCAUCGCUCGGUCAUCGCGGGCAACUUGGAGCUCGUGAAGCUCCUCGUGCAGUUCGGGGCUGACCCCAGGUUGGCCACGCGUGACGGGUGGAGCGCCCUGCACAUCGCAGCCUUCGGAGGACACCAGGACAUCGUCCUGUACCUCAUCAACAGCGGCACGAGGCGACGGUAGCGAGGGGAGAGGGAGGGAGGGGAGAGGGAAAAAGUCGUCUUCCUUACCCCGAGCUCCUUGUCCUGUUGCCGUACGGUUUCGCGUCGGUGCCAUCGCUCGUUGUUGUGUGGACAGGGUGGAGGUGGUGGUGGUGGUUGUGGAGCGACCUCCUUCAAGCUGCUGCUGCUGCCUCUGCCAUGUGGACAUCAAACCCGCGACUGGCGACUGAGCAGCGCCACCAGCAGCAGCAGCAACAUCAUCGGUGGCGGAGGCAGUAAGCAAGCUUAGCACUACGAUAAGCUGAGCACCACGACAAACAAGCCACCACCACCAUCUCAUCAACAUCAUCAUCGUCGUCGUCGUCUCACCCAGGACAAUUUCACUCGAGCGCCAAGCUUUCGUUCAACGCGUGUUGUUGUUGUGUUGUUGUUGAAGUUCGGCUCCGUCUUCCCCAACCCACCGGCUGCCAACUGAAGUUGAAGCCGGACAAGGAGCGGACCCACGCCUGGGUAGGUGGUAUCGAAGCAGCCUAAGAGGCCUAUUACAAGGAAGGGGGCCAGCACCUACAGCCGAGAGAAUAUGCGAGGUAUCUCUCCGUCCCUUACACGUGGCCAGCGUCCUGCAAGACGGCGGAUACAGCCAAGCUGUCAAUCGUCUCGGUUCUGGGGACGGGGGCCUUUGUGUACCGCCGCUUCCAGCCACCAAAAGAAAGACCUCAUCGGUGACAGUGGCGGUGGUGGUGUUCGCAUUUGAGAUUUAUUUAAAAACGUGGUUAACGAGUUUCGGCCAGAAUGUGCCGAUGAAAGGUGUUGGACUUCCUCCGGCUGGCGAAUAAUGAUUUGUUUUCUGUUUGUUUAAGACUUGUUUUUGUUUUUCCGAUAUCUUUUUUUCAAGCGGACCAGCCUCAUCCCCUGCACGCUAUCUCGGAAAAUCUGCACGACCACAUCCUUCACAAGUGGCUGUAUAGAUGAACGCGAUAGAAUUAUCCUGGGUCGGAAUGUUAGACGCGACUUGGACACUUGCGCGGACCAAUUGCGCCACCUCUGAGCGAGAAGUCCUCUUGCCUGCAACGCAGAUAACACGAAUAGGUGUUUAGCCUUUUAACUAUUUAAAACAAAAAGUAACCUUUUCCUCCAUCCCAAAAGUGUCAACGGACGGGACUUUGUAAUGCGUAGGCAGUUUUGACAUUUCGCGAGCAUCUCUUUCCGAGCCGAUUUCCCAACAACUCCCCAAUUUUCCCGAUCACCCCCCCCUUUCCAAAAAAAACCUUACGAUAGCUGCUAUUUGUGUGCGAAAACUUAACAGAAAGACUGGCCUUAAAAACACGAUCACUCUACCUCGACUUGCGUAUGGUUGUGAUAAGGAAUUGACUGGGCAGUGUGUAUGUACAAUGCUUAUACAAAGUGACCAGGUCACGGAUGGGUGUUUGUGUGCACAGACACAAUAUGUUGAUUGACAUUGACUAAAUCUCAAGUCGCGGAGGUGGUGGCAGGGGGGCACCUGAUGUUUUUUUUACAUUUGUCCGCUAAUAACAGAAAAUUAAAUGUCAAACGAAAGCCUAAAACCUUUAAAACGCGCAACUUUGAAUGCAGUAUUUUAAUUCAGCGCAUAAUCAAAUGUAGGUUCUACCUUUCAUUAUUUUUUGUGUUGUUGUUCACACGGUAAAUAAACAUCCGUAACAUAUCUACAGCGUGCCGAAGAAUGUGUGUGUGUGUGCGUUUGAACGGCCCGUGUGUUGUUCCGAUUCUAGAUUUGAAGCUUUCGUGACUGCAAUGAUUCAUACUCUUAGUUCUUUCGGUAAAGUCACGUAGGCAAAAAAUGAAAUUAAAAUUAAUGUUGUUCCGAUGUUCAGGUCCAUGCAGCACCGUAUUCUCCGGUUUAUAAGACGCACUUUCCUCCCCCCUGUAUUUUAAAAACGAAACUUAAGGGAUGCGUCUUAUAACCCGGCAGGUGUGUGUGUGUGUGACCAUAUUUGCAGAACUUUAUAUUCACACCCGGGCACGUGGUUGGUUUUUUUUGGUGCGUCUUGAUUACUUUCCGGAGAAUUUGGCAGAACACAUCUGGGUUCAUCAAUCCAAUGGACAGUGGCUUGUUUUUUUAAAUAAAGUAACCGUAACUGGUUUUUUUUGCAAUACAGCAAAAAUAAUCAAUAAGUGGCGGCAUUUUUGUGAAAUGCUCCUUUAUAGGAAAGGAUAAUUACUGUGCCGUGCCACCCCUGAUUUAGUGCCCCCGUUUGAGUGAGGUCGUACGUGAUGGUUUAAUUUUUUACACACACUGCACACAUUGAUCUUCGUCCUGUAGAUGCGAGAUGCAGGAUUUGCAAACCUGACGACAUUGCCGUGGUUAAUGUCUCGUUGUCAUUGAUGCUGAUUGAUGUUUGCAGCGAGCACGUACCUUAUAACACAUUGGAUAGGAUUUGUUUAUUUUGUUUUGCCAAUGCAAAGAAAUGUAUAGAAUUAUAGAGCAUUAUUAAAAAACACAAAGAAAUGCGCUUUAAGCGUUGGUGCACGUGUGGCGGUAGCUUUUUUUUACGCAAUGCAAAAACAAAUGAUGUGCAAAUUGCUGUAAAAGAACAACCGUAUAAUACAUUCAAUUACUGUCAUAUUGCGGUUAAAUACACAGACACAAGUCCCAACUGUUAUGGACAUUGCUGUUGCCACACCGACACAGUGUAUGUUUUACUUGCGUAUUGUAUAAUGCUAUACUGUGUAUCGCUUAUUGUACGACACCUUGAGUAUAUUACAUACCGUACUUAUACUUCCAUUGUACCGGGCUGCGUGCAGAUUUUGUGAGCACAUGCAACAACAACAACAACCCCUGAAGUUUCACAAAAGUUUUCACGCGCAGUUCGUUGAAUGUGCAAAAUGUGUCAUUUUUUUGUAUAUGAAAGGGAUGCUUUACUUUUUUUGCGUGUGUGGAAAAGGGAGAGACGGGAAAGAACCGCCCCCCCCCCCGUACGGAAUGAUAUUGAAACCUGAGACUCGUUAAAGUGUUUCAUUUUAUAUAUAUAAAAGGUGAUUUGAGAGAGAGAGAGAAACAACAGUAAAGUUGACGCAACGUUGCACUGACAA